AUGAACCCGAGACUCCCCCACGUUCUUCUGGUCGGGGCUGCAAUGAUAAUUUUCAUUCUCUCCUGCAUGUUGCUGAGCAGGGGGAGGCAAUCAGCAAGCUGCAAAUCCCAGCCCCAUAACACGGAGAAGACUGGGUCCAGGAGCCAGAGCCUGGUUUUUGCUGAUCUGAGCCCGGAAGAAAUGGUCCAGGUGGUGCGGUACCUGCAGGAAAACCUCGGGGUGCCGCUGGUGGACGCCUCGCGUGCUUUGCCCUCCGACAACUGCAUCUCCUCGGUCGACGUGCAGGUCCCCGCCAAGGCGGAGGUGCUGUGGUUCCUGGACGGCGGGGGGCCCCGCCCCGCGCGGGAGGCGCUGGCCGUCCUGUACUUGGGUAACCAGCCGGACCCCAACAUCACCGAGUACGUGGUGGGUCCGCUGCCGACGCCGACCUACCACUGGGACGUCACGGUGCAGAAGUACGGGGGGAAGGUGCCGUACCACCGCAGACCGACGCUGGCUGUUGAAUACAAACAGAUUGCAGGGUUUUUAAGGAGUCAAGUGUUCCCCACAGCUCCAUCUUUCAUGCACCAAGUAAUUGAAUAUGAUGAAACCAAUUUAGCAUCCUUGACAACAGCUCCCCGUGGCUUCCAGUCUGGAGAUCGGAGCACCUGGUUCGUUCUGUUUCAGAACGUGAGCGGGUUCUUCCUGCACCCGCUGGGGCUGGAGGUGCUGGUGGACCACAGCAGCCUGGACAUCUCCCAGUGGGCGGUGAGCAGAGUCUUCUACAACGGGCAGUACUACAGGGACAUGGCGCAGCUGGAGAGCGCCUAUGUGCAGGGCCGCCUCGGCGUGGAGAAGGUGAAGAAAGCCGCGUGGGACGGGGACUUCUCAUCCAUGCAGCCGCGAGCCCCUCCUGCCGCAGUGUUUCCUGUGCAGUAUGAGCCCCAGGGUCCCCGCUACAGCGUCAGGAACAACCACGUCCUCUUCCAGGCCUGGAGCUUUGCCUUUGGGAUGAGUGUGAACACGGGCAUGCGCCUGUUUGACAUCAGGUAUCGGGGGGAGAGGAUUGCCUAUGAGAUCAGCGUUCAAGAGGCCUUGUCAGUGUAUGGCUCCAACUGUCCUGGGGGGAUGUCGACGAGGUACAUGGACGGGAGCUUUGGCAUCGGACGCUUCAGUUCUCCCUUGGUGCGAGGCGUUGACUGCCCCUAUUCAGCAACUUACGUGGAUGUGCACUACCUUGCUCAGUCCCAGGUCUCCAGAACUAGUAAAAACGCCCUGUGCGUUUUUGAGCAGAACCUGGGCUCCCCUCUGAGGCGCCACUACUCCAACUUGCAGUCCUUCUACUAUGGGGGACUGGUCAACUCUGCUCUGAUUGUUCGGUCCAUUGCAGCUUUGGGCAACUACGACUACGUGUGGGACUUCAUCUUCUACCAGAAUGGGGCCAUUGAAGCCAAAGUCCAAGCCACGGGGUACGUGAGCUCGUCCUUCCUCCAUGGGGACGGUCUGAGAUACGGCAAUAGGGUUUGGGAGCACACGCUGGGCACGAUACACACCCAUUUCAUCAACUAUAAAGUGGACUUGGAUGUGGGAGGGGUGAAAAACUCCCUGGUGGCCCAUGACAUGGCAUUUGAGAUGGCACGGGCCCCCUGGAGCCCAGAGCUGCAGAUAGAGCGACCACGGCUCACCAAGAAAGUCCUGGACACAGAGGACCAGGCUGCGUUCCGGCACCAAUCAAAGAUGCCCAGAUACAUCUACUUUGCAGCCGACAGCAAAAACAAGUGGGGUCACCAGCGUGGUUACAGGAUCCAGAUCAUCAGUUUUGCAGGGGAACACAUGCCCGAAACCAGCUCCAUGGAGAAGGCCAUCAGCUGGGCAAGGUACAAGCUGGCUGUCACCAGGAGAAAGGAAGAGGAACCCACCAGCACCAGUAUCUACAACCAGAAUGAUCCAUGGAUGCCCACUGUCGCCUUUGCUGACUUCAUCAACAACGAAACAAUCACCAACGAGGACCUGGUUGCCUGGAUAACCGCUGGUUUCCUUCACAUCCCACACUCUGAGGAUAUUCCCAACACCGUGACAGUGGGAAACUCUGUUGGCUUUCUCCUGAGACCUUACAACUACUAUGACCUGGACCCUUCCAUAUACUCACAUGAUGGUGUCUUUUUCACCAGUGAGCAGGACUUUACUGCCUGUGAAAUCAACUCUGUCGCAUGCCUGCCCAAAAGGGCCUCCUGUUUGCCAAACUUUCCCCCGUUCACCUAUGACGGUUUCCAAAAUACGAGCAGGCUUUAACGUUACAGGAUGGUGUUAGGAGACAUAGUCAAAGGUACUAGGUUGACUGUUCUGUCCCCUAUUUUCAUUUUUGUAAUGAAGUUGUCUCAACUUCCAGUUGUACAACUUUGCUUGUUAUCAUUGCUUUUAAAUAGUGCUCUUUAAAGGGGAGGCAUAACCUUCCUGGCAUGCUGCCAGAUGGGAGCAUGCAUUGCCCUCUCUAUUAACUGCUGAAUUUGAGUCUUGCAGGAGGAAAGCGAGGAAAAAACGCUGUCCCUCUGCUGUAGCAGCAAAUGCUGUGUAGUGCCUAUCUCAGGUUUAAAGAAAUGAAGUCUGAUUCCAGUCCGG